AUGGAUGUCUUCGGAGUAGAUGUUGCCUGUGCGAAGAUUUCUGGAGAAGUGUUGGAGCUUUCUCUCGACUCGGACUCCCUGGUGCGCGACCUGAAACGGGCCAUUGCGGACAUGGCCGCGUCCGGUGAGACCCAGUUCCAUCCCAUCUGCCAAAAGCUCAUGUUCCAAGGCCGCGCUUUGGAAGACACCGAAAGGCUGCGCACGCUCUGCGAGCCGCCAGCAGAGGGGGCGAAAGCCAAACUGGAGAUGACUCUUCUGCUGUCAGUGGACAGCAUUUUGGCAACUUUUGGCCUGGCGAAGCCCGAUCUUGCCGCCGCCGCGAUCAAAGUUGCCCGGACGAUGGUGGCUUGUGAUGAGCAGGUCCUGGCUGCGCUGUACCACUGUACACGUUGGGGCCUCUUCCGCAGUUGGUUGGUACGGUCCGAGCUUAUCUCGCAGUGCCGUGUUGAGGCUGCCAAGGCCAUCAGCAGCUUCGCGCAGAGCGGUCAAGAGGAUGCUGUAGAUGUGCUGAUCAGGUGCCUCAAGAGCCCCUCUCGCCAAAUUCGUGAUCUCGUGAUUGACGGGCUCCUCAUGGUCCCGAUAGAGAAAGGGCUACUGCGCACGAAGCUGCGAUUGGCCAUAGACGGACUCCUGCAGCACGUGCAGCCUGUCGAGGGCGACGACUCCGAAGAAGAAGACUUUCACAGGAUCGAGAAGUGGCAGGUUCUGCCCGCAGUGGAGAUCCUGGGGCGUUUGUCCCCUCCGGGCGACGAGGAUGCCCUUGCAGUGCUGAAGAAGGCUCUGGACCUCAAGUAUGAGUUUCUGACUGACCGCCGGAUCUUGGCGAGAAGGGUCGUGCUGUCCUCACUGGGCCACGUGGGCUGGGCUUGUCCGGAGACAGCGCGAAAGCUGGUGCAACACUUCGUCAAGUUGUGCAGCGUCCUGAUGGUUCCUUUCCAGAUUGGCCGUUUCGGCAUGGUUAACGAUCCCCACGAUCAUUGGGAGACGACAGUCCCCGCCGUGGCCCAGCAAAUGUGCAGCUUUGAAGAGACGAGGCUGCAGCUUCCAGAGAGAGUGGUGGAUGAGUUGGUCUCUCUCCUAUCACAUGCGGGUCAGACAGACCCUCGAUUUCGCGUCAAAAUUGGCGGCAGCCGCUUCGCUACACGGGGCCGGAUGCCAAACCCUGCAUCCAUACGGCGAGCGGCUAUUGAGCUGCUGAGCGCGUGUGCAAACGAAAGUGUGUUGGAGAAAACACGGCCGCUCUUGCAGCAUCAUUGGGAGGAGGUGAGGAUCGCGGCUACGACUUUGCUGGGUCGGCGGUCGUUCAAAGACGAGGUCCUCAUGGCUGAGCUUACUAAUCUUCUCCAUUCUGAAGCACCUCCGGUGGCACAGGAAGCCGUCACUGCGCUGGGCCAGGUGGGCAAAGGCAACGCGCAAGUCAUCGCAACCUUGAGAUCAUGCCUGUCUCACGCGGAUGGCUGGGUACGAAGAAGCGCACCCCGAGCAUUGCUGAAUGCGGUUGGCUCAGAUGUUGUGGACGAGCUGCGGCAACUGAGUGCACAUGGCGAUGUGGAGGUGGCAGAAGCCUCGCUACUGGCCUUGUCGGACGACGUGCGAGCUGCUACUGCGGCUUUGGAACACCAGGAGCCGCAUGUCCAGUUCGUUGCCGCGAAGCUGCUGUUGAAGACACACCGGAUGCCUAACUGGGAAAUUGACAAUUCAACGGCAGCAUUGUAUGCGCAUGGCUUGGGGGAAAAUCAGCGGCACGAGCCGGAGGCGCCUUCCGCGGAGACCUUUGCAGCUGUCAAGAACGUCGUCAUGCGCCGGGAAAUCUCCGAGACCAAGCGGAUUUGCAUUGGUUUUCUUUAUAUUCUGGGCGUGCGGUUGCAGCACCAGGAGGCGAUCCACCUGCUGCAAGAGCUCUUGGACGAGAAGCUGUGGCAUCCUGUCGCAGAGGCUGAGGAUGCUCUCAGACUGCUGCGCGAGAAGCCAAAGCCAAAGCUGAGAAAGAUGAUAAAGGCAAAGUGGGUUUCAUCCAUGCUAUCGCUCGACAGAGACGAUGACCUGCCUGUCCCAUCAUCUUUGGAGGAAGAUAGCUCAACCUUCUGGGACGCAUACAGCGUGGACGGCUUCACGGCUCACAUCAACGAGCGCGAUGUUCUGGAGACCGGCGAUGCCUGA